AUGGCCAAGAUGGCGGCGUCCGUGGUGGAGACUGGAGAGGAUGCGUUCAGAAAAAUAUUCAAGUUGUACAAGCGCAAAAACCCUCCGCCGGAUUUUGGCGAUGUUAUUGAUUUUUCCAAAUGCGUGACGAAUGAUAAGAUAGUUCCAGUGAAACUAGAGCCAGCUGUGGUGAGUGAUGGAGAUGCUGCCAAGGUUGGACUACAUCCUGUCAAAGACUGGAGAGCGUACAACUUGCAGGGCUACCCAGGGUUCAUAUUCAUCACAAACCCGUUUCUUAGCGGCUCGCAGCCCUUCUGGAUUCGACAGUGUUUGAAGAUUUACCCUCAGAAGCCAAAUGUCUGCAACCUAGACAUGCACAUGUCUCCCACUGAUACUCAGGAUAUCUGGGCCAAGAGUUUACACAACCUCAGUUGUCCUUCUGUUGGAAAAAGAGAGCCUAGAACCCUGUUAGAGAGGCUGCGCUGGGUCACCUUGGGCUAUCAUUACAACUGGAAUAGCAAGACCUACUCUGCAAAUCACCACACUCCAUUUCCAGCUGAGCUCCACAUCUUGUCUGGCCAAAUAGCAACUGCUUGCGGCUUCCCGGGUUUCAAUGCAGAGGCUGGGAUCCUGAACUACUACAGGUCGGAUUCCUCUUUAGGAAUCCAUGUGGAUGAAUCUGAAUUAGAUCAUAGCCGACCGUUGCUGUCUUUCAGUUUUGGCCAGUCAGCAGUCUUCCUCCUUGGCGGCACGCAAAGACAGGACGCUCCCACCGCCAUGUACAUGCACAGCGGGGAUCUGAUGGUCAUGUCUGGACAGAGCCGCCUUCUUUAUCACGCAGUGCCUCGCAUUGUCCAGGCACACCAGGAAGUGGCAGGUCUUGGGACUGAUCGAUGCAGUUUGCAGGGCAGUGCUGUGGUGGAGCAGGUAUCGGAAGAGGACUGGGCUGUAUGCUCCAGGUACAUUCAUAGUUCUAGGAUUAACAUCACUGUAAGACAGGUACUCGGUCAAGGGCAGAGCUUCCCAGAAACACCUCCUGUUCCUGGCAACAAAGAGGAGGACCAAGCAGAAGAAGACUGUUCGAAAAGAAGACGUAAAAGUGACUCAUUUAUGACUGAAGAGACCUGA